AACAGAGCAGGCUGUCUACGAGUUGUUUCUAAUGGUAGGGAAGAACCAUGAUGGCCUGGGAUUGCCGACCUCCUACUCCGUGUGGAAUCCUGCUGCAAUUUGAGCACCAGUCUAUUGAUUCUAAAGUAAUUGCCUCAAAUAGGACUAAAAGUGGAGAGAAAUUCUCAAAUAGGACCAUAUAUGAUUUUUUCCCCUAAAUAGAACUGUUUUACUCCUAUUUGAAAACAUCUGUAUUUUCUAUUCCAUUAUUACCCCCUUAUCCCUUUUACGCUCAUCUAUCCUCUCCCCUGCGCACAACCGCUUCCCCAUUUUCUGCGCACAAGUGCUUUCCCUCUUCCUUCACUGCAUAUAAUCGACCAACUUCACCAUAGCCAUCGUUGCCGCCGCCAAUUUCGCCCUGCACACAAGAUCAAUUUCUCUCUCACGCCGCCGCUGCAGCUGAUUUCUCCGUACGCCGCCGCCACUAAGAUCUAAAACACUUGUUCAUGGCAGAAGUGAAUCUAAUCCCCAAUGCUAAAUCUGCCAAGUUAAUGGGAGAUUAUUCCGCGUGAGUUGUCAUUGUUGUGGUGGUGCUCAAAGGAUGGUGGCUUGGGUGGAUGGUGACGUCGGUCAGAUAGUGAUGGCAUAGAUGGCGACGUUGGUGUGGGAAGGGGCAAGGGGCGGCGAUGGAUGGCGACGGUGCAUCGGCAACGAUGCGGUGGCAGAUGGUAGACGGCAAGGGCGGCGACAGGGGGCGUCGUCGCCGGAGAGGGUGGCGGCAGGUUGGGCCGGCGAGGGGUGGCUGCAGGUUGCGUCGGCGAGGGGUGGCGGCAGGCGGUUUGGCUCUGGUGGCGACAUGGCUACUGCUAGGGUUUCAAUAAAUUUUUAUUUUACAGUUUUAAAAUUUAAUAAAUUAAUAGAGGGGUAUUUUUGUCCAAAUGUAAUGAAAUUGGUCCUAUGAAAGUUGUGUUUCGUUUG